AGCUCCAGUAGCAGACGGCGUAGAUGCAUUGUGGAUCUUUUUAAAAGGAGAGGAAUUUUUGGUUUGACGAAACACGGAACACUGAUAUAAGGUCAUGCUAAGUGCUCUCUCCAAGGUGGUUUCCUACUUCUUCUAUGAGGAGGAUGGGGAAGACAGCAGAGAGGAAGCACCAUCAUCACCACACUUUGAUAUCUCUGGAAAUCCUGACACCCAGACAGAGAGCAGUGUGGAUAGUGGACUAUCACAGACUAGUAGGACUAUAGAUGGCACUGUGACCAGUCUCCAUAAUGGCUAUGGCCUUGUUGACAAUGAAAUUUAUUUUACCUUUGAUUCUGUCAUAGGAGGUUGUCGACCUGCUCUUGGUGCUCAUGUGCAUGUGCAGGCAGUGAGGCAGAAACAACAUGGCGGCUGGCAAGCUCAAAGAGUUGUCAUUGAAGAUUCCUCAUGGGAUGGUGGACAAAAGCUUCACAACAACAAUUAUAACCCUAUCAUAUCUCAAGAUGAUCCAGAACAAGUUGCCAUUAGAGACACACAAGUUGCUAUGGUAACUAGUAUUAAAGGAGAUUUGGGCCUCCUCAAUGAUGAAGUUUCGUUUUCGGUCCAGAGUGCUGCCCUACAUGGAUUUGCUCCAUAUAGAGGGGACUGGGUCGUUGCACAGACCACUACAAACACAGAAACAGGGUAUUGUACAGCAGAGAGCAUUUCUCCUCUAAGAGAACAAGACUUCAGUGGGGAAAUCAAUGCAGUGCUGCAUGGCUAUGGUUUCAUAGAUGAGGAGAUAUACUUUCCUCUCUCUGCCUGUGUACAGGGGUAUCAGCCAAGGAGGGGAGACAGAGUGAAAGGAGUUAUGCUGGAGAGCAGACAGGGCAAGUGCUCCUGGAGGGCAAGAACUGUGCUGCCAUCUAUUGGAGUUGGUGAAAGUGAUAAGUCUAGCAAGACAGUAUUAGAGAGUCCUUUUCCAGUCAUCAACGGCCCCAGUUCUGGUGGAUUCUUGAAGAAACUACUGCAAGACAAAGGCGGUAUCACUAUUAGCCAGAAGACAAACUUUGGCAAAAUGGAAUUGGGAGAGCUGAAGUCAUUAGUUUUGUGGAUCAGAAAUACCAAUUCAAAUGAGACAAGAACACUGAAGAGUUGCAGGUUUAAGACACACCCAGCAGCGCUGCAGUUUGCAGUGACUGUGCAGCAGCAAACCCCACAGAAAGGUGAUGUUGCAGGAGAAGGGCAAGCUUUGCUACCUGGCACUACAGUAUUUGUCACUGUGGAAUGCAAAGGGAUGCACCUAGGACAGGAUAAGCAGCUGUUGAUAUUUGACUUUGAUGGAUACACCAUAGGCCGCUAUAUGUCAGUAGAUGUGCAAGAUCCACAGCAGACCAGCCUUGACCCAUCAGCUCCAUACAACAGGAAGAGGAAUUAUGGGAAGUACAAGGCAGCCAGUCAGAGAAAUGGAAGCGAAUCUUGGGUACUACCUGGUCAAAGGCCCCAAAGAAUGAAAUCCGUGCCAUUUCCUGCCAGGUUGCCACAGUUUGAGAUUCCCAGAGAACUGAAGAAUUGUAUUUUUGAAAAAAGGGAACUAGUAAACCUAGCACCUGAACUAGGUGAGCCACUUUCAAUGCAAAACUACACAACACGCUUCUCAACCUUGCUACACUUGGAGGAAAUCCAGAUGGAGAUUGAGAUUCGAGAUUAUGACCUUGAAAGCGUGACCUUAAGGCGGGUGGGAGAGUAUCUAGCCCUAGCUGUCCCUGGCCUGGCUGAGGGCAGGCCCUCUGUAGCUAUAGGGGACAAAGUGGUGCUGUCCCACCCUGGGGAUAUGGAGGUUGGACCCCAGUACGAGGGAUACGUCCAUGUGGUGCUCAGUGAAGAAGUUUUGCUCAAGUUUCACAACUCUUUCCAUCAGAAUUAUUAUGCUGAAGAAUAUGAUGUGAUGUUUACCAUUAACAGAACUCAGUUACGAAGAUGCCAUCAGGCUGUGCGCUUUUCCAAACAUUUAGGAACAAAAGUUUUAUUCCCAGUACAGUUGCAUCCCAAGAUGCCAGUCCCUUCCAAAAGUAGUGCCAAAGUAACGGGUGCCAAAAGCUCCCAGCAUUUCUUCAACACAGUAUUAAAUUGCCACCAGAGGGCAGCAGUGAGCAGGAUCUUAGAGGGCCAGAGCAGGCCAUCACCCUAUGUACUGUUUGGGCCACCAGGUACAGGGAAAACUGUCACCAUGGUGGAGGCUAUCCUGCAAGUACUUCACACCAUACCAGGCAGCAGAAUACUGGCGUGCGCCCCAUCCAAUAGUGCUACUGAUCUACUGGCAGAGAAACUUCUUCAAAGUAACCUUGUAAAUAAAAGCGAUCUUGUCAGGUUGAAUGCUUUCAACAGACUUGAUGAUAACAUUCCAGAGUUCCUAAAGCCUUACUGUACAACGGGGGACAACCUGGAGGUGGCCUGCAGACACAGGGUGGUCCUCUGUACCUGUAUCACAGCAGGACUCCUGAACACUGUGGGACUUAAAAGUGGUCACUUCACACACGCAUUUAUUGACGAGGCUGGCCAGGCCACGGAGCCGGACUGUGCUGUACCAAUGAACCUGAUGGUGGGGGAGGAUUCUCAGAUUGUGCUAGCAGGAGACCCCAUGCAGUUAGGCCCAGUUCUGAAGUCCCGCCAUGCUAUCACAUAUGGCCUUCAGUAUUCAUUCUUAGAGAGACUAAUGGACAGCCCACUCUAUGCUCGGGACAUGGUCAGAUUUGCUGACCAUGGCAAUUAUGACCCGUUACUGGUGACCAAACUGAUACAUAACUACAGAUCUCAUUCAAAACUGCUACAGCUGCCCUCAGAACUGUUUUACCACGGUGAGCUCAGAGAGUGUGGCAGCACCUCUGUGACCCACUGUAUGUGUGGCUGGGACAGGUUGCCCAAUAAAGAUGUUCCAAUUAUAUUCCAUGGAUUGAGGGGAGAAGACUUACGAGAAGGUAACAGUCCAUCCUGGUUUAACCCAGUGGAAGCUGUACAGGUGAUGAAAUACCUGCAGGCUUUGGUGAACAACCCGCGGUGUGCAAUAACAUUUGAUGAUAUAGGAAUCAUAACUCCUUACAGAAAACAGGUGGAGAAAAUCCGGCUAUUGAUUGACAAGUUGGGGAUGGAGAAGGUGAAAGUUGGAAGUGUGGAAGAGUUUCAGGGACAAGAGAGACGUGUUAUUAUCAUCUCCACGGUGAGAUCCAAUGAGUCACAGAUGAGCUUUGACCGCAGGUUUAACCUGGGGUUCCUUAGCAACCCAAAACGCUUCAAUGUGGCCAUUACUAGGGCCCAGUCCCUGCUGAUAGUGUGUGGAAAUCCCCACGUUCUAGCUCAGGAUGAACACUGGUUGUCCUUGCUGUCCUACUGUGUGGAACACGGAGCCUAUGUAGGGUGUAAUUUGCCAGAUCUACCCCAGCUUCAGUCCAGGGUGACAGUGGAGAGUAACACUAAUGAAUGUCAAGCCUCAGAUGUCCUUUUGGACAGAGACACAGAGCAAACAUCAUCAAAUGAAAAUUUAAACAAGACCCAGCAGAAGUCGUCAACUGAAGUCGGGAAUAAAGCAUGUGGAGAGUUGAAUGAGCAUUCAGUCACAGAGCCCAAAUUAAUAUAUGUAACUGCAAAAACUGCCAAUGUGACUGUAAAUCCUGACCCAGACAAGGAGAAGACUUCAAAAGAUUUGCUUCAGGAAAAGGAAGUUGCAGUGGAUUCUGAGGGAGACCUGGGGGUGUCAGAUAAAAAGCAAAACACAAACUCGUCAGAUCAGAUUGAUUUGGCUUCCAAGGUACACAAAAGUAGAGAGGCUCCGCAAGUAGUUUAUAUGACUUUUGAGGAAAUUGGCAACAGUUUAUCAGACAGUGGAGAAGUGGACUCUGAUUUAGAUGUUAUAAUAGAGUCUUCCUCAGAGGAGGAAAUUGAAGAAUAAGGGAUCUGCUUCUGAGAUAUGGCAUGAAGUAAUUAGUCACUGAGUAUACUAUUCAGUGUAUUGAGAAAUAAGAGAAUUCUUAUCUGAGUAAGAAAAUUAUAAAUUUAAAGUAGAUGGUUAGUUACAUUGCAAUUUUGUAACCAUAUUUUUUAAGUUGUAUUUGAGAACAGCUUGUGUACAAUUUUGGUUACAU